GCUGCGGCAGCGGGUCCGGGGGAGCCGGGCAGGAUGAGCGCGGCCCCGGGCACCUCCCGCACCCCCCAGCCGUUGCUCCGCUUCCCCGACGGGGCGGGCGGGCCGGGCGGCGGGCGGGCGGUGGGGGGGGGGCGCGCCCCGGGGCCGUGCCCCUGCCCCUGCCCGGGGGGGCCGCGGAAGAGGCGGAGGACCACCUUCAGCCGGGGGCAGCUGUCGGAGCUGGAGCGGGCCUUCGCCGCCGUCCCCUACCCGGACAUCGCCACCCGGGAGCGCCUGGCCGAGCUCACCCAGCUGCCCGAGGCCAAGAUCCAGGUCUGGUUCCAGAACCGUCGCGCCCGCAGGAUCCGCAGCGCCAAACCGGAGCCGCCGCCGCUACCGCCGCUGCCACCGCCCGGGGAACGGGGUUCUCCCGCUGCACCCCCCGACGGCACCACCCCGGGACCGGCCCCUGCCCUGCCUCCGCCGGGAGCCCGCAGCCCCACUCGGGGCCUCCCCACCUCGCUGGGCUCCAUCUCCGACCUCAUCUACAGCGCGGCCAUCACCAACCUGGGCGAGCCGUAGCCGUGGCGGGGACGCCCCCGGCACCAGGGACCCCCCCCCCCGGCACCGAGGACCCCCCCGGCUUAGCGCCACGAUUUCAUUAGGGUGUGGAAUUACUGCCGGUCCCGAAGGUCCCGAGGAUGUCAUCCAAUAUCCUAAAUGCCGGUGCGGCCGUGGCGGGGCCAGCUCCCCAUCAGCCCCCUAAUACCGACUAAUCUUUUGGAAAAAAUACCUUAAUCUGAGGCCGUAUCCGCAGAUGAUUGUGGCGCGGCCGCCCCUAAUCCGCAGGCACGUUCGCAGGUGCCGGCAGAUCCCCCCUGUAUCGGAUAUUAAAGCGUGUUUGCAGAGGGGCUUAGCUGCCAUCAGAGCAUUAAUCACCGUGUCUGGCCCUGGCAGGGUGCCCACCCGGCAGGUGUCCGCGUCCACAGGACCCGACGGUGCCAGCCUCGGCAUCCCCUCCCCACCGUGGAUGCACCGAGCUGGCUCCACUCUCUGCUCCGUGGCACCCAAGAAGCCCCCGGGGCUCUGUGUUUGAGGUGCUUUCCCUCCCCUGUGGGGGGAAGCUGGGCACCCUUUGGCAGGGGAGGUAGAGAGCCACGCACCCCUCGCUUCCCUGUCUGCCGGCGGGGGCCCUGCCGCAUCCCGCGGCACAGGCAGGCAGCUACGGCUCGUGCUCCUCACCCAGGCACCGACAGCCACAGGGCUGCGGGUCAGGAGAUGCAGCAGCCCCUGCAUGAGGACGCUGUACGAGCUACGUGGAGCUGAGCUGCUGUAGACAAAGCCAAACUGGGUGCCAACCGCAACGUGGCUGUGCCGGAUGCCAUCAUCUUCCUAAACUGGAGGCGGAAAGUGCUCGCCCCCAAACACGAGCUGGGUCAGGUGCUGCCAUCCGAGUCACAAGGGAAUAACACUCUCCCAAAAGUGCAUGAGGGAGCAGGCAGGAGCAGUGAGGGCAGGCAAAGGGAGGUUUUGGC